ACAUUGCACUUUACAUCUCAACUUCAUUAAACUGCAGCCACUUUCUAUUAGAAACUUGGACAUACCUUGUCCACACACCUAUCCUUUGAUUUUGAUAACACAAUGUUCAAACCAACAAAAACUUCAACCAGAGAACAUAGAUAGAUAAAUAAAAUUCCAGAAUUUUUAGUAUCAUCAAUCCCCCCAAAAACAUGUCUGUAACAUCAUCAAUCCCAUGCAUCAAAAUCCCAACAACUCAUUCAUCAUCUUCUUCUUCAUGUUCAACUUCAUCUUAUUCUCUUAGAUUCUCUUCUUCCAAGCCUUAUACUGUUACUAUAAGAAAUGCUCAGAGUGAAGGUCCUUUGAGAAGACCAGCGGCUCCUUCUGUCAAAGAACCAUCUAAUCUUCCUCAACCUUUGAAACCUUCACCUCCUUCUCAGCCUCCACCACCACCACAACCUCAGAAACCAAUUUCUGUUGUUGCAGAUGAUAAAAGUGUCAUUACAUUAGAGUUUCAGAGACAAAAAGCUAAGGAAUUGCAGGAAUAUUUCAAAAAGAAGAAGCUUGAACAAGCAGCAGAUCAAGGUCCCUUUUUUGGAUUCAUUGCCAAAAAUGAGAUUAGCAACGGAAGAUGGGCAAUGUUUGGUUUUGCUGUUGGGUUGCUAACGGAGUUUGCUACGGGCUCAGACUUUGUUGAUCAAGUGAAGAUCCUUCUUUCGAAUUUUGGAAUAGUAGAUUUGGAGUGAAUAAUAAAUAACUUUAUAUAAAAAAUACAUUGUCAAUAGUUUCUUGAAUUGCUUUUCAAUGUGUAAACAAGUUUAUCAAUUUGUUUUAUCUUCAUAUGUAGCAAGCAAGCUUGCUUUAUUAUGAAAUAAUAACAAUAAUGUGAUUUUCCUUUUCCAUGA